AUGGGCAAGAGAGACCCCAACAAGUCGCGGGGCCAGAUGUCCUCGUAUGCCUUCUUUGUGCAGCCGUGCCGCGAGGAGCACAAGAAGAUGCAUCCCGACUCGUCGGUCAACUUUGCCGAGUUCUCCAAGAAGUGCUCCGAGAGAUGGAAGACCAUGUCUGCAAAGGAAAAGUCGAAGUUCGAAGAUUUGGCCAAGAGCGACAAAGCUCGCUGUGACAGGGAGAUGAAGAAUUACGUUCCUCCCAAAGGUGAUAAGAAAGGAAAGAAAAAUGAUCCUAAUGCUACGAAAAGACCAACGUCUGCCUUCUUCCUGUUUUGCUCUGAACAUCGCCCAAAGAUCAAAAGUGAACACCCAGGCCUGUCUAUUGGAGAUACUGCAAAAAAAUUGGGUGAGAUGUGGUCUGAACAGUCUGCCAAAGACAAACAACCCUAUGAGCAGAAGGCAGCUAAACUAAAGGAGAAGUAUGAAAAGAAUAUUGCAGCAGACAGUGCCAAGGGCAAAAGCGAAGUAGGAAAGAAGGGUCCUGGUAGUCCAACAGGCUCAAAGAAGAAGAAUGAACUAGAAGAUGAGGAAGAGGAGGAGGAGGAAAAAGAUGAUGAUGAGGAAGAUGAGGAUGGAGAAUAA